AAAAUCCCUUUUGACACGUACAGACGCAUGAACCUGUUCUAUCAACAAGCUAUCAUGAGCUCAAAGGUCAAAUCUAGCGUGUCCCUUGGAGCACUGAACAAGUACGUCGCAACCUACAAAAACCACGACCCCUUCCUCGCCCCGUGUCUACCCAGCAACCCCUGGCUAACCGACAACGACAUGUACUGGACGCUCAACAUGAGACAAGUGGAGGUCCCCACUAAGAUGCGUGUGGAGCGCUGGUCCUUCAGCCUGUUCGAGCUGCUGAGCGACCUGCGAGGCCGCGACGACUUCAAGGUCUUCCUCAAGAAGGAGUUCAGCGGGGAGAACCUGGCAUUUUGGGAGGCAGCUGAAGAACUAAAGUGGGGCACUGCAUCUUCGAUGACAUCUAAAGCUGAGACCAUUUUCAAGACCUUCCUGGUCCCCGGGGCCCCCCGCUGGAUCAACAUUGAUGGCAGGACCAUGGGCCUGACGGUGAAGGGCCUGGAUCAUCCUCACCGCUACGUGCUGGAGGCUGCGCAGACACACGUGUUCCUGCUCAUGAAGAAGGAUACUUUCUUCCGCUACCUCAAGUCACCAGUGUACAAAGAAAUCCAGAAGAAGGCUCUGAACCCUGAGCCUCAUAACUUCAGCCCAGCCCAGCUGGAGCAAAAUGCUCGGAACCGGAGCCCAGGCAUCCAUCCCCUGAUCCUCUGGCAGCAGGAUGAGGCAGAGAAGGCCAAGGCAGCCGCCGCCUCCGCCCCCGUGGAUGUCAAGGCCUUGAUGAGCAAAUUAGACAGGAAGAAGUAGAGAAAUAGAGUGUGCGA